UUCCGGAGAGCUGCGGGUGGUGACGUCAGUGCAGGGCUCCCGGACUAUAUAAAGGUGCGGCCGCUCGCAUCGCGCUCAUAAGAAGAUACGGAGAGCUGAGGAGAUUGUGUACCGGAGUCUGUGCUACAUACUGCAGUGACUGAAAAUGGAUUCAAGUGGAGUGAAAGUGCUGGAGACGGCAGAUGACAUCCAGGAGAGGCGCCAGCAGGUCUUGGACCGGUAUCUGCGCUUCAAGGAGCUUUCCACUACUCGCCGUCAGAAGCUAGAGGAUUCCUACCGCUUCCAGUUCUUCCAGCGAGAUGCAGAUGAGCUUGAGAAAUGGAUCCAGGAGAAGCUUCAGAUAGCAUCUGAUGAGAACUACAAAGACCCAACUAAUCUGCAGGGGAAGCUACAGAAACACCAAGCUUUUGAGGCAGAAGUACAAGCUAACUCUGGUGCUAUCGUUAAACUGGAUGAGACUGGAAACCUGAUGAUCUCAGAGAGUCAUUUUGCAUCUGAAACUAUAAGAAUUCGUUUGGUUGAGCUACAUCGUCUGUGGGAACUACUACUGCUGAAAAUGAGAGAGAAGGGAAUCAAACUGCAGCAGGCUCAAAAGCUGGUGCAAUACCUGCGAGAAUGCGAGGAUGUCAUGGACUGGAUAAAUGACAAGGAAGCCAUUGUGACAUCCGAGGAGCUGGGUCAGGAUCUGGAACACGUAGAAGUCCUGCAGAAGAAGUUUGAGGAGUUUCAGACAGACCUUGCAGCACAUGAAGAACGUGUGAAUGAAGUCAACCAAUUUGCAAGCAAGCUUGCCCAGGAGGAACAUCCAGAACUAGAAUUAAUCAAGACAAAACAAGAUGAAGUAAAUGCCAGCUGGCAACGUCUCAAAGGGCUGUCACUUCAGAGGCAAGGGAAGCUGUUUGGUGCUGCUGAAGUCCAACGCUUUAACAGAGAUGUAGAUGAAACAAUUGGCUGGAUCAGAGAAAAGGAGCAGCUGAUGGCGUCCGAUGACUUUGGGCGUGAUUUAGCCAGUGUGCAAGCUCUUCUCCGCAAGCAUGAGGGCCUAGAGCGUGACCUGGCAGCUUUAGAGGAGAAGGUCAAAGCUUUAUGUGCGGAGUCGGAGCGUCUACAGCAAUCCCACCCACUAAAUGCGCCUCAGAUUCAGGUCAAAGGCGAGGAGCUAAUCACAAACUGGGAACAAAUACGUACUCUGGCUGCUGAGCGUCAUGCCCGCCUUAAUGACUCUUACAAGCUGCAGAGGUUCCUUGCAGACUUCAGAGAUCUGACCAGCUGGGUUACUGAAAUGAAGGCUCUAAUUAAUGCUGACGAGCUUGCGAAUGAUGUGGCUGGAGCUGAGGCCCUGCUGGACAGACACCAGGAACAUAAGGGUGAAAUUGAUGCUCAUGAGGAUAGUUUUAAGUCGGCGGAUGCAGCCGGCCAUGCGUUGCUGAAUGCUGGACACUAUGCUUCUGAUGAAGUCCGUGAGAAGCUGACCAUUCUUGCCGAAGAACGUGCAGCUCUCCUGGAGUUGUGGGAGCUUCGGCGCCAGCAGUAUGAGCAGUGCAUGGAUCUUCAGCUUUUUUACAGAGACACUGAACAAGUUGACAACUGGAUGAGCAAACAGGAGGCAUUCCUUCUUAAUGAAGAUUUAGGAGACUCCUUGGACAGCGUGGAAGCACUUCUUAAAAAACAUGAAGAUUUUGAGAAAUCUCUUAGUGCACAGGAAGAGAAAAUCACAGCCCUGGAUGAAUUUGCCACCAAACUGAUUCAAAAUAAUCAUUACGCCAUGGAGGAUGUGGCUGCUCGCAGAGACGCUCUACUGAGCCGCCGAAAUGCGCUGCAUGAACGCGCACUAUACCGUCGUAGCCAGUUGGCAGACUCCUUCCAUCUGCAGCAGUUCUUCCGGGAUUCAGAUGAGCUGAAGAGCUGGAUUAAUGAGAAAAUGAAAACUGCUACCGACGAGGCUUACAAAGAUCCAUCAAACCUGCAGGGCAAGGUGCAGAAACACCAGGCUUUUGAGGCAGAGCUGUCUGCAAACCAAAGCCGCAUUGAUGCCCUGGAGAACUCUGGGCAGAAGUUAAUUGAUGUUAACCAUUAUGCAUCUGAUGAGGUGGCUGCACGUAUGAGUGAGGUGAUCACUCUUUGGAAGAGGCUACUGGAAGCCACAGAACUGAAGGGUAUCAAGCUGCGGGAGGCAAACCAACAACAGCAGUUCAACCGCAAUGUGGAGGAUAUCGAACUCUGGUUGUAUGAGGUGGAAGGACACCUGGCAUCAGAUGAUUAUGGAAAAGAUCUCACUAAUGUGCAGAACCUGCAGAAAAAACACGCCUUGCUGGAAGCUGAUGUUGCCGCUCACCAGGACCGAAUUGACGGCAUCACUAUUCAAGCUCGUCAGUUCCAGGAGGCUGGACAUUUUGAUGCAGAUAACAUCAAGAAGAAGCAGGAGGCGCUUGUUGGGAGGUACGAAGCUCUCAAGGAGCCUAUGGUUGCCCGUAAGCAGAAGUUGUCCGAUUCUCUGCGCCUGCAGCAGCUCUUCAGGGACAUUGAGGAUGAAGAGACCUGGAUAAGAGAGAAGGAACCUAUUGCUGCUUCCACCAAUAGAGGCAAGGACUUGAUUGGUGUACAAAACCUGCUGAAGAAACACCAGGCCUUGCAAGCUGAGAUAGCUGGACACGAACCUCGUAUCAAAGGUGUCACACAGAAGGGAAAUGCUAUGAUCACUGAGGGUCACUUUGCUUCUGAGGAGGUGAAAGUUAAGCUGAGAGAGCUGAACCAGAAGUGGGAGGCGCUGAGAAACAAAGCUUCUCAGCGUCGGCAAGAUCUGGAAGACUCUCUGCAGGCUCAGCAGUACUUUGCUGAUGCCAAUGAGGCCGAGUCCUGGAUGAGAGAGAAGGAGCCUAUUGUUGGCAGCACAGACUAUGGCAAAGAUGAGGACUCUGCAGAGGCUCUACUGAAGAAGCAUGAGGCCCUCAUGUCUGAUCUCCGUGCAUAUGGAAGCAGCAUCCAGGCACUGCGGGAACAGGCGCAGUCUUGCAGGCAACAAGUAGCACCAACAGAUGAUGAGACUGGGAAGGAGCUGGUUCUAGCACUGUAUGACUAUCAGGAGAAGAGUCCUCGGGAAGUCACCAUGAAAAAGGGAGAUAUCCUGACCCUGCUUAACAGCACUAACAAGGACUGGUGGAAAGUGGAAGUGAAUGACCGUCAGGGCUUUGUGCCUGCUGCGUAUGUGAAGAAGUUGGACCCUGCACAGUCUGCUUCCAGGGAGAACCUUCUAGAUGAGCAUGGAAGCAUCGCUGUGCGGCAGGAGCAGAUCGAUGGCCAGAAUCUCAUACCUAAAGAAGCCGGCAGUGUUUCUCUCCGUAUGAAUCAGGUUGAAGAACUGUAUCACAACAUACUGGAAAUGGGAGAGAAGCGUAAGGAUAUGCUGGAGAAGAGCUGCAAGAAGUUUAUGUUGUUCCGUGAGGCGAAUGAGUUGCAGCAGUGGAUUAACGAGAAGGAAGCGGCACUCACCAAUGAGGAGGUGGGCGCUGACUUGGAGCAAGUGGAAGUUCUACAGAAGAAGUUUGAUGAUUUCCAGAAGGAUUUGAAAGCGAAUGAAUCCCGCCUGAAGGACAUUAAUAAGGUGGCUGAUGACCUAGAAUCUGAAGGGCUGAUAACUGAGGAGGUACAAGCAGUGCAGCAGCAGGAGGUGUACGGAAUGCCAAGGGAUGAAGCGGACUCUAAAUCUGCCUCUCCAUGGAAGUCUAUACGCACUGCAGUGCACGCUGUGGCCACGUUUAACUCUAUAAAGGAUCUGAAUGAGCGCUGGAGAUCUCUACAGCAGCUGGCAGAGGAAAGGAGCCAGCUCUUGGGCAGUGCCCAUGAAGUACAGAGGUUCCACAGGGAUGCAGAUGAGACCAAAGAGUGGAUUGAAGAGAAGAAUCAAGCUUUGAAUACAGACAGCUAUGGGCAUGACCUAGCUAGUGUUCAGGCGCUACAGCGCAAGCAUGAAGGAUUUGAGAGAGAUCUUGCUGCUUUGGGAGAUAAGGUGAAUUCUCUGGGAGAGACUGCGGAGCGCCUCAUUCAGUCCCAUCCAGAAUCCGCUGAUGACAUCCAAGAAAAGUGUACAGAGCUUAAUCAGGCUUGGAACAGCCUUGGCAAACGGGCAGAUCAGCGCAAAGAGAAGCUUGGAGACUCGCACGACUUGCAGCGAUUCCUUAGUGACUUCAGGGAUCUCAUGUCCUGGAUCAAUGGAAUCCGUGGAUUGGUAUCUUCUGAUGAACUGGCUAAGGAUGUGACUGGAGCGGAGGCGCUGCUGGAAAGACACCAGGAACACCGCACAGAGAUUGACGCCAGAUCUGGUACCUUUCAAGCCUUUGAGCAGUUUGGCCAGCAGCUGUUGGCUCGUGGUCACUAUGCCAGUCCUGAGAUCAAAGAGAAGCUGGACAUCUUAGACCAGGAACGUGCAAGCUUGGAAAAGGCCUGGGUCCAGCGCAGGAUGAUGCUAGAUCAGUGCUUGGAGCUCCAGCUUUUUAAUAGAGACUGUGAGCAAGCAGAGAAUUGGAUGGCAGCCCGUGAAGCUUUCCUGAACAGCGAGGACAAAGGCGAUUCUCUGGACAGUGUGGAGGCGCUCAUUAAAAAGCAUGAAGACUUUGACAAGGCCAUUAAUGUCCAGGAAGAGAAGAUUGCAGCUUUGCAGACCUUUGGUGACCAGUUGAUAAAUGCCGAUCACUACGCUAAGGGAGACAUUGCUGCCCGUCGCAACGAGGUCCUGGACAGGUGGCGUCGUUUGAAAGCUCAGAUGAUCGAAAAGAGAUCCAAACUUGGUGAAUCUCAGACACUGCAGCAGUUCAGCAGAGAUGUGGAUGAAAUCGAAGCCUGGAUCAGUGAGAAGCUGCAGACUGCAAGUGACGAGUCCUACAAGGACCCCACAAACAUCCAGCUUUCGAAAUUGCUGAGCAAACAUCAGAAACACCAAGCAUUUGAGGCUGAGCUUCACGCCAAUGCUGACCGUAUUCGUGGCGUCAUAGACAUGGGCAACUCUCUUAUUGAACGGGGGGCCUGCGCCGGCAGUGAAGAUGCUGUCAAGAUCCGUCUUGCAGCAUUGGCUGACCAGUGGCAGUUCCUUGUGCAGAAAUCGGCAGAAAAAAGCCAAAAACUGAAGGAAGCCAACAAACAGCAGAACUUCAACACUGGAAUAAAAGACUUUGAUUUCUGGCUGUCUGAGGUGGAGGCUUUACUGGCAUCUGAGGAUUAUGGGAAAGAUCUGGCAUCUGUGAACAACUUGCUGAAGAAACACCAGCUUCUGGAGGCGGAUAUAUCUGCCCAUGAAGACCGUCUAAAAGAUCUCAAUGGACAGGCGGACAGCUUGAUGACCAGCAGCGCCUUUGACACAUCCCAGGUGAAGGACAAGAGAGAUGCCAUCAAUGAUCGUUUCCAGCGUAUCAAAAGUAUGGCUGCUGCUCGUAGAGGGAGGCUAAAUGAAUCCCACCGCCUGCACCAGUUUUUCAGGGACCUAGAUGAUGAGGAAUCCUGGAUAAAGGAGAAGAAGCUUCUGGUUGGUUCUGAUGAUUAUGGUCGGGAUUUGACCGGUGUACAGAAUCUGAGAAAGAAGCACAAGAGGCUUGAAGCUGAGCUGGCUGCUCAUGAACCAGCCAUCCAGGGCGUGCUAGACACUGGUAAGAAGCUGGCAGAUGAUAACACUUUAGGAAAAGAUGAGAUUCAGCAGCGCCUGGAGCAGUUUAUGGAGCACUGGAAGGAACUUAAACAGCAAGCCGCGGCUCGGGGCCAGAGGCUAGAGGAAUCCCUGGAGUACCAACAGUUUGUAGCCAAUGUUGAGGAGGAAGAAGCUUGGAUUAAUGAGAAGAUGACGCUUGUUGCCAGCGAAGAUUAUGGAGACACUUUGGCUGCCAUUCAGGGGCUGCUGAAGAAGCACGAGGCAUUUGAAACCGAUUUCACAGUGCACAAGGAUAGAGUUCAUGAUGUAUGUGCUAAUGGAGAAGACCUUAUCCAGAAGAACAAUCACCAUGUGGAAAAUAUUAGUGCGAAGAUGAAGGGUCUGAGAGGGAAGGUGGCUGAGCUUGAGAAGGCGGCAGCUCAACGCAAAGCUAAACUGGAUGAGAAUUCAGCUUUCCUGCAGUUUAACUGGAAAGCGGACGUGGUGGAAUCCUGGAUUGGUGAGAAAGAAAAUAGCCUGAAGACGGAUGAUUAUGGUAGAGACUUAUCGUCUGUGCAGACUCUUCUCACUAAGCAGGAGACAUUUGACGCUGGGCUUCAGGCUUUCCAACAAGAGGGCAUCACUAACAUCACUGCACUGAAAGACCAGCUGCUCGCUGCUAAACAUGUGCAGUCUAGAGCAAUCGAGUCCCGCCAUGCCUCUCUCAUGAAGCGCUGGAACCAGCUGCUUGAUAACUCUGCUGCACGCAAGAAGAAACUGCUGGAGGCUCAAGAGCACUACAGGAAGGUUGAGGACUUGUUCCUGACAUUUGCCAAGAAAGCCUCUGCCUUCAACAGUUGGUUUGAAAAUGCUGAGGAGGAUCUGACUGAUCCUGUGCGCUGUAACUCCUUGGAGGAAAUUAAGGCUCUGCGAGAGGCACAUGAUGCAUUCCGUAAUUCACUUAGCUCGGCACAGACCGACUUUAACCAACUGGCAGAACUGGACCGACAAAUCAAGGGUUAUCGCGUGGCCUCUAACCCCUACACCUGGUUCACAAUGGAGGCCCUGGAAGAGACUUGGCGCAACUUGCAAAAGAUCAUAAAGGUAAGAUCUCUUGGAGCCUACAGAUCAGGGUCCUUUCUUUACAUUCCUGUGGUGACGUUACUUGGGAUUACAAUUAAGCCCACGCCAAGCUAUAUUUGCUACUACACAACUUUGUUUUCCACUCAGGAAAGAGAGCUUGAAUUGCAGAAGGAACAGAGGAGGCAGGAAGAAAAUGAUAAACUGCGUCAGGAGUUUGCCCAGCACGCUAAUGCUUUCCAUCAGUGGAUACAAGAGACCAGGACCUACCUUCUGGACGGGUCGUGUAUGGUUGAAGAAUCUGGAACUUUAGAAUCUCAGCUUGAAGCUACUAAGAGAAAGCAUCAAGAGAUCCGGGCAAUGAGAAGUCAGCUGAAGAAGAUAGAAGAUCUUGGGGCAGCAAUGGAAGAAGCCUUGAUCUUAGAUAAUAAAUACACAGAACACAGUACUGUGGGCCUUGCGCAACAGUGGGACCAACUGGAUCAGCUGGGCAUGAGGAUGCAACAUAACCUUGAACAGCAAAUUCAAGCAAGAAACACAACUGGCGUCACAGAAGAAGCACUUAAAGAAUUCAGCAUGAUGUUCAAGCACUUUGACAAAGAUAAAUCUGGCCGUCUGAAUCACCAAGAGUUCAAGUCCUGUUUGCGGUCCCUUGGUUAUGACCUGCCCAUGGUGGAGGAAGGCGAGCCAGACCCAGAGUUUGAAACCAUUUUGGAUACUGUUGAUCCAAACAGAGAUGGGCACGUGUCACUGCAGGAAUACAUGGCUUUCAUGAUCAGCAGAGAAACAGAAAAUGUGAAGUCGAGUGAAGAGAUAGAGAGCGCAUUCCAAGCACUGAGCACAGAAAAGAAACUAUUUGUAACAAAGGAAGAACUAUACCAGAACCUCACCCGUGAACAGGCAGAUUACUGCAUCUCGCAUAUGAAACCUUAUGUGGACAGCAAGGGCCGCGAACUGCCCUCUACUUACGACUAUGUGGAAUUUACACGCUCGCUAUUUGUGAACUGAUAUAGCUGAUUUAAAGCAUUUGCUUGUGUCUGCUGACUCAGAUGUGCAUGUGUCUUCUGCUUUUGUCCUCGCACUGAGCCCCGUCUUGUCACCGUUUUUAGCCAACUUAAGAAGCAAUAUAAGCACUGUGCUUUAAUAAACACUAAUAAAUCAAA